CCUUUCGCACGUUGUGUGGCGAGACGGGGUUUAGACCGACGGGGGCGCCAUGUCUCCAAUGUUCAGGAGGAGGACGCUGAACAGCGCUGUGUGAAAGAGAAGCAGCUUUGUGCCGAAACUAAAAGCCCAAACCUGAGUCUGACCAAUGAAUUAAAACAACUUGUUUAUGAGAGGCCAGUGGAGGACUGUUUGGAAAAUCAACGUUCAGCGGCAUGGAGUUCCCGCAGCAGCAGAAGCCGGUGGCUGACGGCAAAAUCAUCUACCCGCUCGGCGUUAAAGAGAUAACUGACAAAAUCAGUAAUGAUGAAGUGGUUAAAAGGUUGAAGCUGGUGGUAAAGACGUAUAUGGACAUGGAUCAGGACUCUGAAGAGGAGAAGCAGCAGUACCUGGCUCUUGCCCUUCACUUGGCCUCCGAGUUCUUUUUGCGAAACCCCAACAAAGAUGUUCGGCUGCUCGUGGCUUGCUGUCUUGCAGACAUCUUCAGGAUCUAUGCCCCUGAAGCUCCAUACACGUCACAUGAUAAACUCAAGGAAAUUUUUCUGUUUAUCACACGUCAAUUGAAAGGCUUGGAAGACACAAAGAGCCCCCAGUUCAACAGAUAUUUCUAUCUACUUGAGAAUCUGGCAUGGGUGAAGUCAUAUAAUAUAUGUUUUGAACUUGAAGACUGUAAUGAGAUCUUCAUUCAGCUCUUCAAAACACUCUUCUCUGUCAUCAAUAACAGCCAUAACCAGAAGGUGCAAAUGCACAUGUUGGACCUGAUGAGCUCUAUCAUAAUGGAGGGUGAUGGAGUCACUCAAGAGCUGCUGGAUACCAUCCUCAUCAAUCUCAUUCCUGCACACAAGAACCUGAAUAAGCAGGCAUAUGACUUGGCCAAGACAUUAUUGAAGCGGACUGUACAGACCAUUGAAACUUGCAUAGCGUCAUUCUUUAAUCAGGUGCUGGUGAUGGGCAAGUCCUCAGUGAGCGAUCUGUCCGAGCAUGUAUUUGACCUCAUACAGGAGCUCUUCGCCAUCGACCCAAUGUUGCUUGUCUCAGUCAUGCCACAGUUGGAGUUCAAACUGAAGAGCAACGAUGGAGAGGAGCGACUGGCUGUUGUAAAGCUGUUGGCCAAACUGUUUGGAGCUAAAGACUCCGAACUGGCCACGCAAAACCGGCCACUCUGGCAGUGCUUUUUGGGAAGGUUUAAUGAUAUUCAUGUACCUGUGAGAUUAGAGUGUGUGAAGUUUGCUAGCCAUUGCCUCAUGAACCACCCAGACCUGGCCAAGGAUCUGACAGAGUACUUGAAAGUGAGGUCGCACGAUCCCGAAGAGGCAAUCCGUCACGAUGUCAUUGUGACCAUCAUCAAUGCAGGGAAGAAGGACCUGAACCUGGUUAAUGACCAGCUUCUAGGCUUUGUUAGAGAGAGGAUGUUGGACAAGAGGUGGCGUGUUCGUAAGGAGGCCAUGAUGGGUUUGGCUCAGCUGUAUAAGAAGUAUUGCCUACACCAUGAAGCCGGCAAAGAGUCAGCCCAGAAAAUCAGCUGGAUUAAAGACAAGCUUCUGCAUAUAUACUACCAGAACAGCAUUGAUGACAAGUUGCUGGUGGAAAAGAUCUUUGCGCAGUUCAUGGUGCCUCACAGCUUGGAGACUGAAGAGAAGAUGAAGUGCUUGUAUUAUCUUUACGCUUGUCUGGACACCAAUGCUGUAAAAGCACUAAAUGAGAUGUGGAAGUGUCAGAACAUGCUGAGAGGACUCGUCAGGGAACUGCUGGACCUGCAUAAACUGCCCACGUCUGAGGCAAACACAACAGCCAUGUUUGGAAAGCUCAUGACCAUAGCCAAGAAUCUGCCAGAUCCAGGAAAGGCCCAGGACUUCAUGAAGAAGUUUAAUCAGGUUCUGGGUGAGGAUGAGAAGCUGCGGCUCCAACUGGAGCAGCUCAUCAGCCCGACCUGCUCCUGCAAACAGGCAGAGCAGUGUGUGAGAGAGAUAACACGCAAGCUGACAUAUCCCAAGCAGCCCACAAACCCUUUCCUGGAGAUGGUCAAGUUCCUGCUGGAGAGAAUUGCUCCAGUGCACAUUGACUCUGAGGCCAUCAGUGCUCUGGUGAAGCUUUUGAAUAAGUCCGUUGAAGGCACUGCUGAUGAUGAUGAUGAGGGUGUGACUCCUGAUGCUGCUAUCCGUGCUGGCCUCGAGCUGCUCAAGGUUUUGUCUUUCACCCAUCCCACAGCCUUCCAUUCAGCUGAGACGUACGAGUCUUUGUUGCAGUGUCUGAAAAUGGAGGAUGAUAAGGUGGCCGAAGCUGCGAUUCAGAUCUUUAGAAACACUGGCCAGAAAAUCGAGAGCGAACUGCCACAGAUUCGAUCAACUCUAAUUCCCAUACUGCACCAAAAAGCUAAAAGAGGCACUCCACACCAGGCCAAACAGGCAGUACACUGUAUCCACGCCAUCUUCCACAACAAAGAAGUCCAACUGGCUCAGAUAUUCGAGCCAUUGUCUCGUAGUCUUAAUGCUGAUGUCCCAGAGCAGUUGAUCACUCCACUGGUCUCUCUGGGUCACAUUUCCAUGCUGGCUCCAGAUCAGUUUGCAUCACCCAUGAAGUCCAUAGUGGCCAACUUCAUUGUCAAAGACCUGCUGAUGAAUGACCGAUCUGUGGGCAGUAAGAAUGGAAGGCUAUGGACAGCUGAUGAUGAAGUUUCCCCUGAAGUUUUAGCAAAGGUUCAGGCAAUUAAGUUGUUGGUGCGAUGGCUGCUGGGGAUGAAGAAUAAUCAAUCCAAGUCAGCAAACUCCACACUCAGGCUGCUCUCGGCCAUGCUGGUCAGCGAGGGAGACCUCACCGAGCAGAAGAAAAUCUGUAAGUCAGAUAUGUCUCGAUUAAGAUUGGCAGCAGGCAGUGCCAUCUUGAAACUGGCACAGGAGCCUUGCUACCAUGACAUCAUUACACCAGAACAGUUCCAGCUUUGUGGGCUGGUCAUAAAUGACGAGUGUUAUCAGGUGCGUCAGAUCUUUGCACAGAAGCUGCAUGUGGCACUGGUUAAGCUCUUGUUGCCCCUGGAGUACAUGGCUGUGUUUGCACUGUGUGCUAAAGACCCAGUGAAGGAGAGACGUGCGCAUGCCAGACAGUGCCUCCUCAAAAACAUCAGUGUCCGCAGGGAAUACAUCAAACAGAACCCUAUGGCACAUGAGAAACUCCUGUCCCUUCUGCCAGAGUACGUGGUACCAUAUAUGAUUCACUUACUGGCACACGACCCGGACUUCACCAAACCACAGGAAUUUGAGCAGCUCCGAGACAUCAAAGAGUGCUUGUGGUUCAUGUUAGAGGUGCUGAUGACAAAGAAUGAGAAUAACAGUCACUCAUUCCUGAGGAAGAUGGUGGAAAACAUCAAACAGACAAAAGAUGCUCAGGCUCCUGAUGAUCCUAAGGCCAAUGAAAAGCUGUACAUCGUUUGUGAUGUGGCACUGUUCGUCAUCACAAAUAAGAGUACUUCCUGUCACCUAGACUCACCCAAAGACCCUGUGCUGCCCACCAAGUUCUUCACUCCACCCGAUAAGGACUUCAGCAACGAUAAAGAUUAUCUCUCUGCUGAGGCCAGAAAUGUUCUGCUCACUGGAAAAAUCCAGCAACAGGCAAAGCAGACAGGAGUGUUGGGAGCAGUGAACAAGCCUUUAACGGUUCAAACAGUUCGCAGACAAUACACCAAAACCACCGUCUCUGACACAGCAAGCAACACUAGUGCCAACUCUCAGCCCAUCUCUCCAGCAACUACCAAGAACAGGGAAGUGAGUUCUGAAGUGUCAGAAGCAGGGGCCAGGGAGAAUGAAGAGAAUCCCCAGAUUGUCAAAGCAGAGGGAGGAAAGAAGGAGGAGGCUGCGUCUCCGGCUCAGGGCAGUGGGAGGAAGCGGGGUGCCCCAGCCAGCGAUGGCACGGAGAACAGCUUGGCCACUAACCCCGUGCCAGGCUCACAGCCUCCACUCAACAAACCCCGGCGAGGCAGGCCACCGAAGAACGCCGCAGCUACGGCCAAUGCAGAGAAAGAGGUCACAGCUACGACAGGGGUUGGAGCUGGACGUGGCAGGAAGAGGGCAGCACCCUCUCAGGACACCACUUCCACGGCCUCAGCAGAACCAAUCAGUGGCAAGAUACCAAAACAACAGAAAGACAUAGAUUCUAAGAGGGCAGGACAACAGAGGCAGAUUGACCUGCAAAGGUAAAGCGGCGGUCUGCAAAAGUUAGGCAGUAGAGGUUUACUGCCCAGCAGAUGACAUCAUACAGAUGCGCUUUUGCUCCUGAUGCGAACUGCACACACACACACACACACACACACACACACACACACGUAUGCAUGCGCAUACGCUUACACACCAGAACUGUUCCAUAACCUUCCACUAAAGAUGAACAAGGAUUAACUUCUUUAGAUUUGUUAUCGUAUGUAGAGACACCUGUUUCUUCUUUUGAUGUUUAAUUUUUUUGUUUGUUUUUGCCACUGUAUGGAGCCAUUUUUAAAAUGAAUAUUUGAAAGGAAAAAAAUACAGUUUUAAUCUGCUCUACAGUUGCUUAUUAAAUGCCUGGAAAUAUUUCUUACGGUUUCCUGUCCCUUCUCCUGCUUUGCUGCUGUUUGAAUAGUCCCAAACAGACAGAGGCUUGGCUAAAUGGAGAAAGCAGCUUUAGUUGGACUACAAACACACUAGUCCAUCAUAGCCCACUAUUCAUAACGUGUGAAAAAUAAGGUCUUCAAUGAUGGGGGAACUUGCAUAGAAGUGACUUAACACUGAUGUAAGAAAAGCUUCCCCUCCGUAAGCACUGACACAGAAAUGGCUGAGUUGGUGUGAGAUCAACAGAAGAUGCCCCAUUGCCCUUUAAAAUACUAGUGGAUCUAUUCUGCUCCCUUGAGAAUAUUUGUGCACAUGUAUAUGCUGUUCAGGACAGUAGAAAUGAGGAGACGUUACUCAUCACUUGGAUUUGACUUUUGUAUUUGAAGUUAUGAACUUCAAGUUAACUACCAAGAUCGGUUUAAUUAAGCAUAGCACAGAAACAGCACCUGCCUUUUAAAGUUUUGUCCUGUCUUGUACAGAGUAUAGAAUUACAAAAUGUUCUUACCUACUGCUUCCUCUCAUAGUUCAGGUGAGUGGGGAUGUAUAAUAUAAAAUUUUAACUUUAAAUUCAAGAGUGAUACCCAAAUGCAGGGGUAUUACUGUAUUCAAAAAAGGAAUUUGAAACAUUUGGUUUGUUGUCUUUUUAAGACUUUUCCCUAUUUGAUUCCUCUUUUUGAUGCCUCUUUUUUAAGGUCCUUGUCUUGGGUUUACACACACACUUUUUUUUUUUUUUUUUCUUUUACUCAUUUUUUUUCCCUGUAAAAAUAAAUGCUUUUAGCUGUGAAAUGACUGAAGGCUUUAGUUUGAUUAAACACAUUCAGUCCUUUAAUUACAAAUAAGAUACACACUUUUUUCGUUUCAAGCUUUUUUUAUUCAAAGAAAUAUGAUAGUUUCACAAUAAAUAACCAUGCUUGUA